CUUUUAUGGAAAUGCAGGCACUUCCUCGUAGCGGUGAGGUGUUCAGCGUGUCCCCGGACUGAGGUGAGUCUGAGGCGGCGACAGAGAACGCGGGAGGUCGGCGGUGAUCCCGGGCAGUCGGAGCGGAGAGCGGGGGGGCGGAACCUGUGACGAUGAGGGUGAGGGUAACAAACAGGUUAUUAUAGAGCUAACUGAAGCUAACAGGCUAACAGCACCAUGACUUGUUUCUUUGGGGAAAGGGGCGGGGAAAUGCGUCAUACUGUCACCUGACUGGAUACUCUUAAUGAUUGACAGAUCGUCGGUACCGUAAACUAUGCGUUAAAGUCACAUCAACCAAUCACAUGUGAGAUCCUUUUAAAACUGUGCUGCUAUUGGCUGCAUUACAGCGUUUCCGCGUGUCUAUUGAUAACGUUUAUCCAAUCAUAGUGCCUAGUUUACGCAUGUGACUGACAAUGCUGUCGUCCAAUGAACACACCCGUAGCGGGCCUCCGAUUGGACUAUUGUGUGUUUCUGGGCGGGACUUGGUGAUGUUUUGUGUGAGGGUGGAAAAUGGCGGCUGUUCGGAGAGCGUAUUAACUUUAAACCAGAGCAGAAGAGAAAGAACCGAACGGGAGGUUAAAAUCGUGGUUAAGCCUAAUUUCUGAGUGUUUUUAUUCGGGAGAUAACCAGGUCAAUGGAGAUAUUUCUUUCCGGUGGAGCGGUAUUCAUACCGAAGAAGCUAACAUUAGCCGGUCACGGUGUGGAGGGAACAAAGAUCGUGUAUUCAGACAGAUUAGUUCAAUAUUUUUGAUUAAAUUUUUAUUUUUUGAUACUUUGCUGCAGCUCUGUACAGUUAAUUACUGUUUUUACUCCGUUUCUGUUAAUCUGGUUUACAUCUACCUGUUUUAUCUAGGUUAAAACGACUUUGGGGUUAAUAAUAAUAAUGGUUUUUACAUGUGAGCAGCUCCUCUGGUUAACUGGUUAAAAGUUAGUUUUAGUUAGUGAUCUGGGAGUCAAACAAGCAGUCUGUCCCUGUUCUGAUGGAGCCCACUCAGGGUCCGACUCUGCCACUUAUGGUUCUCCUUUAGUCCGUGUUGUUAUGAUGGAUGACUCAAAGCCUCGGUACAGUAAACGGCUGGUAAGUUUGGACAGUGUCCAUCCCUAUAACUGCCCCUAAAAGUCAAAUGUUGACAGAACAUUGAAAAUAAUCUAUAUUUGAUUCAAUGUGGUGCGAAGACAACAUAUAGGAUGUUGCAGAUGAAUAAUGUCUGCACAUUUGUAAUUUGAUACAUGUGUCUUAGAAGUAGUUGUAGACAAUGAAAUUCACUCAUUCUUUCACAUUUGACACUCAGGAACAUUAUUCUUUAACUGUUGAACUAUUAGCUCACACAGUCUCUCACAGAGAGGUUAACCUCCUCCCAUCUUUUCCUCUGAGAGACUUAGCCCUUCUUGAAUGUCUUUUUCAUACCCAGUCUAGUACUUAGCUGUUGGAAAUUAAACUCAUUAGUUGGUGUUUAUUAGCAUUACACAACCUUUUACCUGUUUAGUUAUUCUUCCAACAACUUUUUGGAAACAAGUUGCUGCCGUCAGAUUUCAAAAGACAGCAUUGACAGUGUUAUUGGCGAGUGUAUGAAGUCUCCAUCUUUACACCAAGGACACACUAAGCCAGUGGUUCUCAAGUCCAGUCCUCGAGGCCCACUGUCCUCCAUGUUUUGGCUGUUUCCCUGCUCCAACACACCUGAUUCAAAUGAUCAGCUCGUUACUAAGCCAUUACAGAGCGUGAUAACGAGCUGAUCAUUUGAAUCAGGUGUGUUGGAGCAGGGAAACAUCCAAAACAUGCAGGAAAGUAGGCCUCGAGAACUGGACUUGAGAACCACUGCACUUAGCAAUGAUGUUAUAACAGGUUGAGUGUCCAUGUUUUAUUAGAGUUUUAACUGAUGUUAGAUUUCACCUAUUUGAUUUAACUACCUUCAUGUUACCACCGAACAAACAGUAAACAAAUCACUUCAUAAUCAUGAUGAUAAUGAUAACAGUAAUAAUAACAACGACGAUCACAAUAAUAAACACUGAUCUUAACAGUUCCUGCUCAUUUCAGUCUGUGUGUCAUGUUGAACUGAUUCUGGUUUUCAGUUUGUUUUGUCUUCAUCACUAUAAUCUCUUCCUAUUUUCCCUCACAGCGGGCUGGUACCCGCCGGCGUUACCAUGACGACGGCAUCUCAGAUGAGGAGAUUGAUGGACGGAGGAUGUUUGACCUGGAGGAGAAAGUCAGCAGUCAGAGGUUCAGCUCUGACCGAGUGCUGCGUAUGGAGGGCAAAGGUAAGAUAGACAGAGAGAAAUAAAAAAUAAAUGAAAUCUGUCCAUGUCAGACCUCACAGGCAGUGGUGCAUGAUGGGAAACAUGUCUUCUUUUUGUCGGUCAGACCUGACGUACGAGUUUGUGCAGAGAGGAGGACUGAGAGACCCCAUUCUGUUUGAGAAACCUGAGGGACUCGGACUCAAGUAGAUCUUCAUUUCUCUCCUCUUUUUUUUCUCAUUUUUUUUCGUCCUGCUUUUUCUUAUUGUUUCUGUCAAUAAUGGUCUCUUUGUUGUGCAGGAUGCCUGAUCCAGAUUUCAGCGUGAACGAUGUGAAGAUGUUUGUCGGUAAGAGUUCAGACUUCUGUUGAUCUGUCCAUAGAUCAGUGAAAUACUCCUUGCUUUGAUGAAUCUAGACUUGUACAUACACACUGUUUGUGACUCUCACAAUCAGUUCUAGAUCAAACAUUCACACUGGGACACUAAUCUGCUUGAUCCUGAAUAGUCACUAAAAACUAUCGGCUUGUUUGUUUUCUUCUCCUCUUGAGGACAGACCUGACAGAGCUUGAUCUUUUCACUUUCUCUCUCUCUGUCUCUCUUAGGUAGCAGACGUAUGAUCGAUGUGAUGGAUGUCAACACUCAGAAGGGGACAGAGAUGUCCAUGGCUCAGUGGACUCGUUACUAUGAGACUCCGCCCUGUCAGAGAGAGAAGCUCUACAACGUGAUCAGCCUGGAGUUUAGCCACACCAAGCUGGAGACACUCGUACACAGACCCACCACUGUACGCCACACACACAAACACACACAGAUACUUCUCUGACAUCUCCAUCUGAUGUCCCAGGUGUUUCUACGAACAGUCAGGGAUACAGAGAGCUUGGUGUCCCUGUCUGAACGCUCUGUAAUAAUCUCCUCUGUCUCGACUUGCACAGGUAGACCUGAUAGACUGGGUGGACAACAUGUGGCCUCGACAUCUGAAGGAGAGACAGCGAGACUCGACCAACUCCAUCACUGACAUGCAGUAUCCUAAAGUGCAGAAGUAAGAGUCUGUGUUCGCUCUGCAGGGGGAAGAAUUCACCAGCAGGAAUCAGACCCACCUCCUCUUUAACACUGUACCCCUGUGUGUGUGUUCAGGUACUGUUUGAUGAGUGUGGAGGGCUGUUACACUGACUUUCACAUCGACUUUGGAGGGACAUCUGUGUGGUAUCACAUCUUGAGAGGGACAAAGGUGAGGCACUUUGUCCAACAGACGGUCUGAAACACACUCACUAGUCAUUUAUGCACAGUGUGUGUAUGUGUGUGUUUGACCUGCAGCUGUGUUUGUGUGUGUGUGUCGUCAGGUGUUCUGGCUGAUACCGCCUUCCCCUCAGAACCUGGAGCUGUAUGAGAACUGGGUUCUGUCAGGCAAACAGGGAGACGUGUUCCUGGGUGACCGAGUGUCGGAUUGUCAGAGAAUCGAGCUGAAGCAGGGCUGCACCUUCAUCAUACCCUCAGGUGAUCAUUGGAAAGAAUUCAUUUAUAUUAUGUUUAUUUAUAUUUGUUUAUCUUCUACCAGCACUGCAUCUCACCACACAUUCAGGUAAACAGUCAUUUAUUCAUUUAAAUAAUUCUCCACCGUCAUUAUACCACUUCUUCUGUAGUGAAUAUUCAGUGACUUUUUUGACUGAAGGACUUAAGUUAUCCCUCACUUUUGGAAAAACCCUCCCUUCCACCACAUGGCCUAAACACACACACACACACACACACACACACACACACACACACACACACACACAGUGCACUUUCAGGGUUAUAUUUGUAACAGUGUGUGUUUGUAUGUGUAUGCUCAGGCUGGAUCCAUGCUGUCUACACUCCUGUGGACUCCAUGGUGUUUGGAGGAAACUUCCUCCACAGCUUCAACAUCCCCAUGCAGCUCAACAUCUGUAACAUCGAGGACAGGACGCGGGUAUGAGUGCACACCAACACACAUCCACACACUGCUUAAUGCUGAUCAUACAUACCUAGACUAUGCAUUAACUCUCCCUUCUCCUGGUCUUCAGGUCCCGGUGAAGUUUCGUUACCCGUUCUACUACGAGAUGUGCUGGUACGUGUUGGAGCGUUACGUGUUCAGCCUGACGAAGACGUCCUACCUAACACCUGAGUUCCAGAAACACUCUUUGGGCAUCGGUAGGAGCUGGAGCACGACCUCAUGAUGGGUCACCAGUUAAUUACUUACAUGGUCUUAAGCCUGUGUGUGUGACUGAGUCCUCUGUGGUUCAGGUCUAAAGAAGCCGGCUUGCUCUGAUGCAGCCUCCGAGCAGGUGAAGGAGGAGGAGAAGGAGGAGGAGGAAGAGGAGGAGGUGACGGCAGACAGAGUUAAUGUAACUCCUCUGGAACUCGAGGGACUCUGCAACCUGCUGGGAAAACUGGAAGCUCUGCCCUCCAACAAGAAGUGUGUCCCUGCUGGAAUACACAACGCUCCAGCCCUUAUCACACACAUUAAGGUAUUUCUGAGCGCGUGUGUGUGCGUGUGUCUCAUGCGAAUGUGUGCGUGUACACCAUCACUGAUGUACCUCAUGUCUAAAUCUGAUGUCUGCAGGCUCUGCUGAAGGAGCACGCCAAUGACAACCCCAAACUGUCGUACACGGGGAAGCCAAUCGUCAGGUGGCCAAAGAGGGUAAGCAGACCCACACUGAGGAGGAGGAGAAGGAAGGAGGAGCAAGAGUUAAAACCAGGGAGGCACAGUGUUGCUUAUGUAUUUAGCUGGUUUGCUGGUUCUUAGUUAUUCACACACAAGCCAGCAAUAAAUGGCAGCAUAGUUGAAUAAAAGGUACUUUGAAGUUUGGUCAACACACUGUAAAAUGUCUGCUUGCAAAGCUGAUUGAUCGAAGAGCAGAGCCACAAUCCUUUAAUUUGACCUCUAACUGCACCAACAGAAAAUUUCUGUUUUGAUCAAAUGUUGUUAGUCUGAGUUUGAAAGUCUCUGUCUUGGGGAUAAAUCAAGAAAAACAAGUUAAAUUUGAAUGCAGGAGAGACUUUGUGCUCUUUACAAUGAAGUAAAUUGUGUGGGUAUUUACUGGUAUUGAUAUUUGCAUCAGCAAAAAUGAGUUUAAAAAUAUCAGUCUAUUGGAUUUAUAUAUUUUUUAUUGGAUAUUUGCAAAAAUCCAAUAUCCUGGAUCUAUGAUUAUGUCACAACACGAUUGUAAAAAGUGUCGAUGUGAAAAACAGCAUCACCUUUUAUUAAAACAGUUUCUAAGUUUAUGAAGCGUUAAAUGAUGAAAUUAAGUCAAGCCACAUCAAGGUCACAUUGAGGAACUUAUUGUUGUAAUGUUGCCUUUUUAAUGAACGUCAAGUUGUAAAAAGAAUUAAAUUGUGUUACGACCACUUUAUUCAUGUGAAAAAUGACUAAAAAUGUAUUUAAAUCCUUGGAAAAGUUCUUCUCGUCAUGGUCCUCCAAAUCCCCUGGUUCAGCUGGAAUUUAAUACUAACUGUGAAACAUUUUCAGCACAAUGGUUUUUCAGUUUCUCUGUAAAAAAAAAAAACAACAACAAAUCAAAUAACAUGCUGACUGAAUUGUCAGCUGAUCACCUGAUCCUGGAUUCACCUGAGCUCAAACACAGCUCACCUCUUCAGUCACUCUGUGAAGGUACCGAAUACUAACUCUGUUGACAUACUGUGUCUGCUCCUCCCAUCAGCCAUCAUGGUACCAGCCUCCACCCCCACCUCCUGCCCCUCCUCGGCCCAAACUGGCCUCCACCCCCAUCGUCCCCCGCCCCCAGAAACCAGCGUCCUCUAUGUCAGUGCUCCGCCGCCGCAGGGUCAGGUAAGGCCAGUUCUGAUUUGCUAGAAUCAGCAGGUAGAAGUACGUUUGUGUUAUUCCUGUAAAUGAAUCAAUAAGUGACCUGCUCAGGUGUGUGACGUUCCAGUGUGUAUUACCUUCUCAGUUGUGUUGUUACCUGUGUAUGUGCAGGUGUAAGCGGUGUGAGGCAUGCAUGCGAGCAGAGUGCGGAGAGUGUAAUUUCUGCAGAGACAUGAAGAAGUUUGGAGGACCAGGAAAACUGAAACAGACCUGUGUGCUCAGACAGUGUCUCUCUGUACGUCACACCUGGAUGGCAUCGUGUUUUAGGACACAUUACUACCUGAGGGUUAUCACGUGAUAUUAACUCAGUACAUGUCUCCUCCUCCUCCUUCGAUAGCCGGGUCUCCCUCUGUCUGCUGUCUGUGAGAUCUGUAAGGAGCCAAACCAGGAGGAGACCGGAGACCCUUCCCUCAUCCUAAUGGAGUGCUCCAACUGUGCACAGAUAGUCCACCCCGCCUGCCUCACGGUAACACACACACACUUACGCGCUCACACCAGCAGAUUCAGAGUGUUCACUAACAGUCUAUUCAAGCCGACUGUGUUUCCUCUGUUCCAAGGCUCUUCUCAGGCCCCUUACUGUGUCCUUGUCACAAAUGAUGUGCCACAGCUCCACCACUUUCCUUAGUAAUGAGAAUACUAUUUGUUUGAUUAAGGUUUCCUUUAUUUGAGGAAAUUUACCUGCAUGUUAAACAUUAAGCAUGUCUGUUAGGUCUCUGCUCCACAAACAAAGUAAACAUGGUUGGAAUCAAGAGUCCUGCUCCUACCUUAGUAUCCUUAGUGGACACAUACCUUAGUACCCUUAGUGGACACAGACCUUAGUACCCUUAGUGAACACAGACCUUAGUAUUCUAAGUGGACACAUAUCUUAGUACCUUUAGUGGACACUGACCUUAGUACCCUUAGUGAACACAGACCUGAGUAUCCUUAGUGGACACAGACCAUAGUAUCCUAAGUGGACACAGACCUUAGUACCCUUAGUGGACACAGACCUUAGUAUCCUUAGUGGACACAGACUAUAGUAUCCUAAGUGGACACAGACCUUAGUACCCUUAGUGGACACAUACCUUGGAACCCUUAGUGGACACAGACCUUAGUAUCCUUAGUGGACACAUACCUUGGUUUCCUUAGUGCACUCAGACCAUAGUAUCCUUAGUGGACACAUACCUUACUACGCUUAGUGGACACAUACAUUAGUUUCCUUAGUGGACACAGACCUUAGUUUCCUUAGUGGACACAGACCUUAGUACCUUUAUUGGACACAUUCAUUAGUACCCUCAGUGGACACAUAUUUUAAUGCUGUCAAUGAACACAGGCUUAACAUUAUAGUAAGUCAGAUUCUACAAAAUCAGGUACUUACUCAUGUCUGUUUCCUGUAUGUUCUUCUCCUACCUUUGUUUUAAUCCUUAAUCUCGUAACGCUGUGUGUGUGUGUGUGUGUGUGUGUGUGUGUGUGUGUGUGUGUGUGUGUGUGUGUGUGUGUGUGUGUGUGUGUGUGUGUGUGUGUGUGUGUGUGUGUGUGUGUGUGUGUGUGUGUUUCUCUGUCAUGUGCAUGUGUGUUUUCAGGUUCAGGGAGAAGGACUGGUGAACAAAGACCUGCCCAGCUGUUGGGAGUGUCCAAAGUGUGUGCAGGGCAUCACUGACCCAGAGGUACUCUCUCUCUCUCUCCCCCCCGUCUCUCUCUUAAUGUCUCACUCUUGAUGUCCCUUUCCCUCUCUCAGUGUUUGAGUCUGUCUUUAACAGCUCCUGUCUGUCUGUCUGUCUGUCCCUCUGUUUUUAUGAUGUGUGGUUGUUUGGGUUGGUUUACUUCCUGCCUCCUGAUUGGUUGAUUGUGAUGUCAGUCAUCAGGCAGUGACGAGUCGUUGGCUUCUGCCCACCAGCAGCACGUCCGUCCCCGGGGGCCCCUGGUCCUCAGGCUGGGCCCCGGACCCUCUGCUGGGGGGUCUGGUCAGGACGGGGAAGUGGUCCGCUGUGGUUUCUUCCCUCCUCCUCCUCCUCCUCUCUCCUGCUGCUCCUCCUCCUCCUCAGCCUCUCUCCUCUUGGUGGCGGCCCCUCUGCCUUCUCAGCCAAUCAGCUCGAGACUGGUGAGAGGAGCCGCCUUCUCCACAUCCACCCCCACCCCUCUCUGUUGCACCUCUUCCCUUUCUCUUCUUCAUCGUCUCACAGAGCUUCUUGCGGCACCCUGUUCUCGUUCUGUUUCUUUCUCCUUCAUUUGAAGCUUUGUCAAAGGUGGUUUCCAUCCUCAUCGACACUGUGCCCCCUUUUCCUCCUGUCACAUCUUUUUUCAGACCUCAGUCCUCAUCUGUGUUUGGUUUCUCAGAUGUUUCUCUUCCUGCUGAGCUGGCGUUUGGUGACUGUUUGACUGAAUCUCAGUCAGUUUGAAUGAUCUUUGUUUUUUAUAGAAACAGACUCCACAGCCUCUUCCUCCUAAGGGUGGGGAUGAGGAUGUCUGUCCGUGAGGGUUGGGCGGUAUGACGAUAUAAAAGUGUCUACCGGUAGAAAUUUUGCUAUUCCGUUUAUACCAGAGAGAGAGAGGGCAGAUGUCUGCUGCGUCUCUCUGAGUCAGUGUGUAGUUGUCUGCACUUGCUAACAGGAAAGCCGGAGAGCAUCUGUCUGGGUGCGUUUCCGUAUAUUCACCUGCGUGUCAUGCAGAGUUUGUUUGCUUCGUUUGAUUGGCCAGGUUUGGGUGCACUCCUUAUUAUUACCAGCGUGUCCAGCAGACUGAUUGGCACAGUUUAGACCGGUGGUUCUCAAGUCCAGUCCUCGAGGCCCACUGUCCUGCAUGUGUUGGAUGUCUCCCUGCUCCAACACACCUGAUUCAAAUGAUCAGCUCGUUAUCAAGCUCUGCAAUGCCUUCAUAACGAGCUAAUCAUUUGAAUCAGGUGUGUUUAGACGAAGAAGAAACAGCUUCACUGGUCGUCAUGGCGGAUGUGGAGAUUGGUGGCAGUACCGAGCAAACGGAGGCAGCCCAACCCACCUAAUUUGAGGAAGAGGAGGAGGAACUCAUACCGAAAAGGGCGCGAGUCACGACAUCGGUUGCCUGAAAAUCCGACACUGACCAAAAAGUAAUACUAUGCAAAGAGUGUCGUGUGGCUGUCCUUUCUGGAGGAGGAAAUACCAGCAACCUCUUCCACCAUGUAAAGAUAAAACACGCCAAGCUCUAUUAUGAGCGCCAAAAGAUGCGUGGCGCACCCGCCGCACAAAAAACUAAAGCUCCUCUCAUACAAAAGAGCUUGGCAGAGUCUUUCGCCAAAGGUACGCCAUAUGAUAAAAAAAAUCAUUGCAGUUUAUAAUUGCAGUGACUGAAGCCAGACUGGUCUGACAUUUUGUUUGCAUUUGUAUUGAAAUCCGAGCUUACAAAAAAAAGGAUUACAAAUGCGACAGUGUGGUUAUUUUUAAGCCAUUAAUUGAAUUUACAGGGGGAAAAACAUACCCUAAAAUAUAUACCGUUACCGUGAAUUGAAAUUACUCAUACCGUGAUAUAAGAUUUUGUUCAUACUGCCCAACCCUGCUGACCAUUCAUCAUUGCAGGGACACACUGGUUUCUGUGAGACAUGUGUGUGUCUCUGCUGGUCACUCUGUCCGUCUCAGUUUAGUGAAAGAAGGAGAAUUCUUCCUGUUUUAUUACAGCGACAUGACUAUACAGCUGGGUCUACUAGGGGCCUCUCUCAGUCAGAGGGUCAGUGGUUUGAUCCGCCCCUCUGCAGUCUCAUGCUGUUGAGUCCUUGAGGAAAAAUUGUGAUACCUGAAAUGUUAGAACCAUAAUAUCAUAAAAAGCAACAUGUCUGUCAAUGUGUGUGUGUGUGUGUGUGUGUUUGAUCCUGUCGAUGUUUUUUUUUUUUGGUCGUUUAACACUGUGUGAUCUGAAAGAAUAGAUCUCAGAUAUUUACAGAUCUACAGCUAAAGACCCACUCUGUUGAAAAUCUUGUUUUUCUGUUUUUUUUAUUUGUUCAUAUGGCAUUUUUCUGAUGCUACAGGACAUAUCAUGAGAAAACUAAAUAAGAAAUUGCUUUUUUGAGUAUUUCUUCAUUCAAAUCGCUGUGAAUCUCUGGCAGACCCAAACGGCAGGUUCAGAAACAGUGAGAUUUCAUACAUAAGCAAUCCAAGCUCCACACCCCGAGCUCUUAAGAAAGCUAAUUAUGAUAUUAGUUUUCAUCAUGCCUCUAAAGAAAUUAGUGUCUGAGAGCUGAAUAGCUUUCAUGUUACCUGCCACUUCUGCUGCACCGGCAAUGUUAGGCUACAAGCUGACAUGAAGAUGAGUGUGCAGCGCAGCGCUGUCUUCGCCCACGGCUCAGAGGUGAAUUGUUAAUGCAGGAGAAAAGCCCUUGAAAAUGACACAAAUAACGCGGUUAUUGGUGAAAACCUCAUAAUCACAAUUCAAAGACCACUGAGAACACUUUAAGUAGUAAAAAAAAGGAACGGAGUGGGACUUUAAAUGUGUCAAACAUGUAUAAGGUAACACCACAAACCUCCACUGAGGGCCGUCAGUGCUGCUGUUUGGGUUUGAGAGUCACAGCUGGACUUCACACAGAGCAACGCAGAUGUUAAUGUGCUGCUGAUGUGAAGUGAGAUGUUUAAGGACAGAGAACAUGAAGAUGAACCUGCUCUGUUCUGGUCUGCUUUUAGCAUCAUAGAUGAGGGUCAAAUGUAGCAAAAGCUCCUGACAUGAAACAUCAUCAUGGGUCCAUCUUUGUUACCAGCACGCUAAUGUUUGUAUUCUUCUUUCUCCUCCUCCUCUCCCUCCUUCAGGCCAAAGGAAAUAAGUCUGAGGCUAUUCCCGUUGUGAGUUUGUUUUUCUCUAUUUCUAAAUGCUAAUUUUUGGUUUAAUUUAAUGUUAAACAUCCAGUUACUGUCAACUCUUAACUCCCUCUUUCCCCCUGUGCUUCCUUGCAUUUUUCCUCCUUCUGUGUCUCCUUACUUCCUACCCUCCUGUUGUACCUUCCUUUCCCCUCUCUUUUUUUCUUCUAUGCUUUCCUGCAUCCUUUCCUCUCCUUCGUAUCUCUCCUCUUGGUCCUGCAGAAGCGCAAGUCUUCGUCCCUGUUGGACGCCCGUAUGGCAAAGAUUUACCGCAGACAGAGACACAGCCGCGAUGGAGACGACUCGGCCAGCGACGACGAUGAUGAAGGUGAGCGCUGCUAGAUCUUUCGUCAUGAUGGUAAACUUUAAAAUAUAAAAACAGAAUAAAGGAGAGUUUGUAGUGUGACAUCUUCUAUGUUCAUAAAUAAAACACAUCGAAAACAAAGCAUGAAAAAGUUAACCAUGUAAAAAUAAGAAGAGUAUAAAACAGUAAUUGAGAUUCUGAGUAGAAAAUUCUGUUGUCUUCCUCUGUUAGUAGUUUAGCACAGUGGUUCUCAAGUCCAGUCCUCGAGGCCCAGCUGAUUCAAAUGAUCAGCUCGUUAUCAAGCUCUGUAAUGGCUUAAUAACGAGCUGAUCAUUUGAAUCAGGUGUGUUGGCGCAGGGAAACAUCCAAAACAUGCAGGACAGUGGGCCUCGAGGACUGGACUUGAGAACCACUGUGUUAGCAUAUUAAAAAUCUUGUUAAAUGAUUAUGACAACGUUAUAAAGAUAUUGAUAACAGAGUGUUAAGUAGUAAGUAAAAUCCUGAUGAUAAAGAUAAUACAAACAGAAUAAAGAUGCUCUAAGUAAAUGGUCUGCUGCCUUCUUCUGCCCCUCAGCCUCUCAGAGGAGGAAGAUGGCGCUCCACGCUCGAGGGGGGGUCCACUCUGCCAGGAGGGGGUUCAGCGCCAACAGGAGGGGCCUGCUGAGAGGAAGCUCCGCCCAUAGAGGGAGCAGGGGCGGGGUCAUACCUCCUGGCAGCUCCUCGGUCCUAAAACUGAAGCGAGGGAUGGGGGUGAGGGAUGGACGCAGGGGGAGGGGGGUGAGGCUGCGGGGGGGAUCUAGGAUGCAGCGCAGGGGAGACGAGUCGGAGGAGUCCGACGAUGAAGACGAGGAUGAUGAAGAAGAGGAGGAGGAGGAGGAAGAAGAGGAGGACAGCGAGGACGGAGGCAAAGAGCGCCGUCACCGCCGAAGGAGGAGGAGGACUGACGAUGACGAGGAGGAGGACAGCGAGGGGCGGGACUAUGACCCUGAGGAGGAGGAGCUAGACACACUGGAAGAUGACGAGGAGGAGGAGGAGGAGGGCGAGGGGCAGUGGGACUCGGACCCUGAACCCCCAGUCCUCCUGGUGUCAGACCUGAAUGACGACCUGCUGAGCGGCUCCUACCUGACCGUGACUCUACAGCGCCCCCACAAGGCCCGGCGGAACAGUGGUGAGCUAUGAAGAGUUAAUAUAAAGAGUAUGUUCAUAAAAUUCAACUGCACAUGUUUAAAACAUGUUUACACACUGAGUUAUACAACAUUGGUUUCCAGAAGAGUUAGCAUGCUGUAGUUUUAAAUGUGAUGUUUCUAUAAAGUAGUUUCAGGGUCAGUUGCAUAUGUUGUCUUUGCUCUGUUUUACCUCAAACUAUCAGGUUGUGUUUAAUCAACAUUUUACCCUCCUUCAUUGCUCUUUGAAAUCUGUGUUAGAUGUGCAGUAGUUUUACACCCGUCAAUCUGCACCUGUAAAGUCACCUGACUUCUGUCUGCGUAUGUUUAGGCUCCAUUGUUCCAAAGCUGGAGGCUGCUGUGGGUCAGAGGUCAGGGGGGGCUGCUGCAGGUCAGCAGACUUUUAUCCAGAGGAAGACUUUGUCCAAACCCCCAAGACCAAAGAGCUCGGACAGCACAGAGUGUGCUGCACCUCGAGGACCCGGCAGGUACCCGACAUAAAUUCUAGCUGUUACUUCCACUGCGACUGACUAUGACUAGUUCAAUCUGUUAAGGGAGUAUGGAGGUGACUCUCUCGGAAGUAUUCAGUGAACAGAGAGAUUCUGAUCGUGUCACAAAAAGUCAUGCACAACCUGCUCUGUGUGAUGUGACAGGCCUCGUCUGCGGGGUAACCAUGGAGACAGAGGAACCAGAGGUGGCUCCGGGUCUUCAUCAGAGGAGGAGGAGGAGGCCCCCCCACCUUCCUCCUCCCUCUCUCCCCCCUCACUGCUGUCCCUCCCCUCCUUUAAGGACGUAGGGAACGAAGGUGGGGGAGAGAAGGAGGUGUGGGUGUCCGUGUUCAGGUUCCUGGAUCGAGCCGAGCUGCUGAACUGCAUGACAGUCUGCAAGGCCUGGUAUAAGUGGUAUGACAAAGACACAGAAACACACACACUCACAAAGAAACACACACUGACACACAAUUUAAUUCAUAUACACAAGUUAGACACUAAAGGAAUCAUCUGUUAAUUCACAGAUUAACAGACAUCAUACACAUAUGUAAGGGGAUCAGUUUUCUGCAGCUCUGUGCAGUUUGCUCGUGUUCCGUGUCUGAUUGUAAGGAAAGGCUGUCAGCAUCUCCUCUCUGUUGCUGAGUCCAUCAUAAAUCAGAGCUGGGUCUGAAGGAGACUGUGGAUAACAUCUCUGUCCGUGUCCUCAGGAGCUGUGAUAAGCGUCUGUGGACCCAUGUGGACGUGAGCCGCUGCAGUCCUCUAUCCAAUCAGUCUCUGGCAGGAAUCAUCAAACGUCAGCCGUCCUCUCUGGACCUGUCCUGGACUCCACUGGCUAAGAGACAGCUCAACUGUCUGCUCACCAGGCUGCCAGGUACACACACAAUAACACACUCACACAGCACGUUUUCUGAGAGAGCAGAGACAUGCAGACUGCAGGACACUCAAAAGACUGUUUAGAGAAUCGAAAAACUUGUCCCUGACACGGUCCACCCUGUCUGUCUCUGUCUGCAGGUCUGAGGGAGCUGAGGGUGACUGGUCUGUCCUGGUCCUGUCUCUCUGCCCUGGCGUCGCCAACUCUGCCGUGUCUCAGACUGUUGGACCUGCGUUGGUGUGAAGGGAUCAGAGACGCUCAGCUCAAAGAGAUUGUCCUCCCCCCAGGUCAGGAAAAACACGCAGACACACACAGACACACACUAAAACAGAGAAUGAAACUCAGAAUGAUCUCUCCUUACCCUCCACUUCUCCCUUUGUGCCCCUUCCCUCAGGCCUGGAAUCAUCCCGCAGCCGUCUGAGGAACAUGGUGACGCUGCAUCUUGGCGGUCUGGAGUUAAGUGAGGUGUCCCUGCGGCUACUGCAGAGACACAUGCCUCAGCUGCAGAGUCUGGACCUGUCCCACUGUAAGGACAUCUCUGACUCCUCCAUCGCCAUGCUGACUGCCGCAGGGACGCACACACGACACAACCUGACCGAGCUCUCUCUGGCAGGUAAGGACACAUCACAUGACUACGGAUGUAACUGUAUCGUCCGUAUCAGAAUAGCAUGAGACCUCAAGUGUCUCUGUACCAUGGGUAAAGGGAACUAAAGAAACAAUCGUCCUGUGUCGAAGACUCUGUUAGACAUUUAUAAAACCAACCCAAAAAUCAUCACUCCUCUCUGGUCACAUGGAUCCCACAUUGUUUGAUCUCAAACACUUAUCCACAUUUAGAUCCAGACAUACAUUAGUUAUCGAAUACAGUUUCUGGUUGAUAUGUGACUCCCAGCCAACUGGUUAAUGUGUGGUGAUGGCUGAGCACAGUCUUAGUAUUUUUGGGUUUGGCUAAGUACCCUCAACUGUCCACCAGUCAGGUUCAUGGUGCUGCUGGCAGAAAGUUACCUCCUCUUCCCACACCAGCUCUGCUUAUCCCACCCAAACCUAAACUCUCCAACAUUGAACCAGUAAUCCAAUGUGGGCAUCGGUGUUAAAAAGCAGGAAAAAAAAACUAGUUAGGUAACUCAAGAUAAUCACCUAUGCUAACUUUAUGAUAUGACAUAUUCAGGGUCCUAACCGAGAUCUCAGCAGACAGUAAAUAUCUCACUGACUGUGUGAGCUGUUUACCCCAGUGUGAGGGAAUAAGGAACUGUUUCCUGUAGGGCUGGGAUGAUAUAACAAUAUGCUUUUCUCCCGAUUCGAUUCCUCUACGAUUUUUUUGGAUGCCGUUUUGAUUUAAAUUGCGAUCCUACAAUAUUGUCGAUUUUCUCAAUCUUUAGUCUGCAUUUUUAACACCAGUGAAAGAGUUUAAUGAUUAUGAUUGUCUACUGACUAUUUCAGGAACCAUAUUUCCCCAAAAAUACACAUCACAUCUAAGUCAGUUUUUAAGAUUUAUUCUUGAAUUUGAAAAAGUAAAUCGAUUUUUUAACAUAAAAACCUAUUUAAAAUUUGUAAAACAAAAAAUCGCAAUAUUUAUGUCAAUCCAUUUUUUCUCCCGCCUCUACUUUCCAGUGAGGCUCAUUUGCAUAGACAGAGGUGUGUUUGGCUCUGAGUGUACAGUUGCUGAAUUAAAUCACUGCAAACAUCACAGAAGCUCAGACGCUUUCUGCUUUCUUCUGUCUCUCUCCUCCUCUCUAUACCUCUAUCUCUUCUCCCUCUCUCUGCGCCUCCCUGUCUCUCCUCUUUCUGUGUCAGGCUGCACUGAGCUGACAGACACCUGUCUGUCCUACCUGAAGCGUCUGUCCUGUCUGUCUCUGUUGGACCUGAGAGGAUGUUCAGAUGUGAGCAGACGAGCCUGUGACGCCUUCAUCUCUGACCUGUCCCACAUCGCUCUCUACUGUAUGAUGGAGGAGAAGCUCAUCCAGCGCAUUGACUGACACUCACACACAUGGACAGCUCCACUAAUGCCAAGCUAAGCUAGACACCAAACACGGACAUGUUCGAUCAAACAGUGUAUUUCCUUUUUCUGUUACUCUGCAGACUCAGAGCUCUGUGUUUAACUGUGAACACAUGCACGAAGGUUGUGUGUAAAUCUCAGUGUGUGUUCACUGAAUGUGUAUAUUGUAUUAGUGUUCAUGCUGAAUGUUCUUGUACAGUUUAUUUUCUGACUGAAAGAAUAAAAAUUUGUGUUACUGA